CUUAAAUGGUUACGCAGAUGAUGCUUGUGCUUGAACUCAGCAUUCUUACUUGUUGGAAAUGUUCUUUCUGUGAGGUGCUUUCUGUCUGCAAGUUAUGGAUACAAGCAUAGAAAAGAAACUCUAUCUCACUAUUAUGAACCUGUUCAUGCUGUCUUUUAAUUAUCUCUGAUCAACUGCUAAAAGUUUAUCCGAUUACGCAGAUUGGUUUCUUACGCAAUGAUUCGUUUAAACAUGCAUGAUUAUGUGCCUAAUAUUGAGGAUAUUAUAAUUUGCGAAUUACUUAAAUCCAUAAAAUGUAGUGGUAUCGAAAUGAGUUUGUUAGAUGAUUCAAUGGUGCUAAUUGAAAAUCUGGAAGAAGUACCAGAAAAUGAAAUAGAAGAUCAUAUAUAUAAAUCACUAAUAAAAGGUGAUAGCUUUCAAGCUCUUAAAAAUUGGAUAUUUGCACAAAAGUCUAUUAUUUUAACACAAAUAAAACAAAAACGAGCAGAUGAACAUUAUUUAAACAAUUCUUGCAACUGUAAUUAUUUGAAAAAAGCUCAAACUAAUUGGGAACGCAAAAUGCUAAGAAGCUUAAACUCAAUGUGUCAAGAACUUGGGAUACAGUUGGCGAGAAAAAGACCGACAAACCAGAGUGAAUCUAUUCUUCAAAAUUGGACAGAAUUAUCAGUCUAUUUCAACAAACAGUCAACAAUUAAACCUGUUUUUGGUCCAAAAGAUCUGUUAGAUGUUCUUAUACACAUCAAACAUCCACAAAUGAAAUCUACACCUAGGAUGGGCUUUAAAGACAAUUACCAUUUAGAUAUAACUGCAGCUUGGGGCUUAUUCAACUUACCUUUGAAUGUUAAAAGUCUUUCUGAAUUGAGAAGGUUUUACGACCCGUUAAAUCUACGAAAUCCUCAAAUUGGUGUUGAUGAUUUAUCAUCAUCUUCAUUUGAAUUGUCACGUGAACAAGAAGUUCAAGAAAUUAUAAGCAUUGGUUCUUCAGAACGUGCACAGAAAUUUUUACGUUAUGGUUGUCCAUUAGGUUACCGUGCACAGUUAUGGGCAAUAUGUUUAAAUGCAAGAGUAAUGAAAGACGAUCACCUAUAUUAUGAACGACUGAAAUCAUUUGUUGCAGAAGAUGAAUAUAUGACAGACCAACUAAUUUGUAAGGAAGUGCAACUUACAGCCUCUAACGACGACAUGCAUUUUGUAUUUUGUGAUUAUACAUAUCAGGUUCUUCUUCCAUUCACUAGAGACCAUACAGUAUUGUGUCAUUUCAAGUCUAUGUCUGCAUCUCCGCCCAGAGUAAUUGGAAAACAUUCUACUGAAUCACACAUAUACCCUCCGUCUGGAGUUAUACCAUUUCACGGAUUCUCUAUGUACAUGUUACCAUUAUGUUAUUUAUAUGAUGAUCCUGUCACUUUAUACAUAAUCUUUCGUGAGUUGUACGUACGCUAUUUUUACAAACUGCACACAAUAUCAGAUGAAAAUAGUGGUAUAUUAUGCUUAUGUUUAUUGUUUGAACGUUUACUACAAGUCAAAGAACCUGAGGUUUUCUUUCAUUUGAAAUCAUUUGGUGCACAACCUAUACGUUUUGUAUUCAAAUGGCUAAUGCGUGCAUUCAGUGGUUUCUUAGCACCAGACCAAGUACUUUUAUUAUGGGACCGAAUACUUGGAUUUGAUUCACUAGAAAUUUUACCUGUGUUAGCUGUAGCUAUAUUUUCUUACCGCCGUGUCAACCUGCUUCUGGUGAAAUCAACUACUGAAGUCGAGGCAGUUUUGGCAGACCUUACACCACUAAAAGUAAUCAGCCUUCUACAAAUGGUCAUUUUCACAGGAUGACUGCGAUAACCCAACUAUAAGGUGUAACUAAAACAUGUAAACCUUUAAGCUUCCUAAUUAUACGUUGUUCUUCACAAUUUG